AAAACAUUAGAGAAGAAGAAGAAGCUUACGUCAUUCGACGCGACACUUUCCACGGUCGGAGCUGAACCAUGCCUAAAUAUAAGAGCAGUGUCCGUUGUAAGACCAAAAAAAUAAAACUAACUCGGAAAACCAUCGGUGCUCGGGCGAAAUCUUCCUACAUUCCCUCACAUGCAGGCUCAUCUGACACCAACACUGUUUUUCCCUCAUCACAUGAUAUUUGUACUGAAAACUCAAAGGAAGAAGGGACCGCGUAUACUAGGGCAAAAAGGAAGGAGCUGACUCUAUGGGAUACACUAAAAGAUCAGGUCUUGGAAGAGUCCUAUAAGUCCUCCGCUCCUUUCUCUGACAUGUGCUCGGUGUGCAAGAAACCUGGAGUAUACCGCUGUCUGGAAUGCAGCAGAAGCAGUGUUUUUUGCAAAGAUUGUGUCUACACAGUACACAUAAAUUCUUUGCACCUCCCUGAAAAGUGGAAUAAAACCUGCUAUGAGGCUGCUUUCCAGCAGUUGGUGUUGCAUUUAAGUGGAGAUCACAGUACCCAUGAUGUUUACUCCAGAGAUGUAAAGACUUUUGUCAACACAGGUCAUCUCAUUAAUUGCACAGUUUCUUUCUGUAAAUGCGAACCUGAGGUCUGCACUCUUCUGAAAUAUGGCCUUUGGCCUGCUUCACCGGAGAAGCCACAGGCUGCUUUUUCAAUGGCUCUUCUUGAGCUAUUUGUUCAUCUUUCUUUGGAGUGCCAGGUCUCUGUAGAGGGAUUCAUCAACACCUUACGGUGGAAAAACAAUCUUACUGUUAUGGAGGUUAAUAUGCUGUACAGAGCCCUAGUAGUAGAGUCUAUUUCCCAGUUUCGCCAUUAUCACUUCCGACGAAGGUCACUAGUUGGCCUUUGUGACCAAUUUGAUGAUGGCACAGUGUGCCCAGCAUGCAUAAAGACUGAUGGCACUGUAAUUGUGGCUUUGGAUGCCAACUUUGGCCUCGUACGAAAAAAGAGCUCUGGAAGUAGUAUCACUGAGCCAUUGCAGGGUAACAGAAUGUUUGUCAGGGAUGAAGAUGUUGAAGAGUAUGUCGGGUCAAAUCCUGACAACUGUCAACCAACAGAGAACUGUAGCAAGUUCAAAGCUGGCAAUGCACUUCGUUCCCAAAACCAGCAAAAAAAAUUAGACAUAACUGGUGUAUUUGGAGCAUCAUGUCGCCACGAGGUUCCACUGAUAUUUCUUAACAUGACACAUGGAGAAAGACUUGCAUAUCCUAAAUAUGUCAUCACAGAGCUGAUGAAAAAAUAUCAGGAAAAAAACAUUAAUCUGCAUGUCAUUUAUGACAUUGCAUGUGUCCUGUCCAGACAUUUCUGUAAAACUGGAGAAGGAAUCCCAAAAGGACUUUCCCUGGCGGUACCAGCAUUUCAUGUGUAUGGGCAUAAACUGCAGUGUCAGAUCAUGUACAGCACGCGACGAGUUCCUGGAUUUGGACUAACAGAUGGUGAAUGCAUGGAGAGGUUAUGGUCGUUUUUGAGAAGAUUUUCUCGAGUGACUAAAGAGAUGACUCCCUCCCAUCGCCUUGACCUUCUCACAGACGCACUCCUGUACUAUGGUAGAAGAAAAUCUGCAGAUCUAGAUGUGCAGCUUCUUCAGAGGUGGGAAAAAGCCGAGAAGAUUGCGAGUAUUGCUGAGGAAGAGAUUUCUGCAGUUUUGAAAGAGUCACCGAUAAGCAUUUCUGAACAUGACCUACAACAAUGGAUGGAAACACAGAGACAUGUAGCCCAAGCUGCACAUUUAAAAACUAGAGACAAAGAGAUUGUUCCAAGAUGGAAGAGGAACUAUGUGAUGAAGCUGACCGAAAUCAACCAGCUCAGAUCCGGAUCACAUAAACAGGAGUCACUCAUUGAAGAUGAAUCGCAGCUGGACAGGGAUCUUCGAAUGAUUGAGAGACACCAUGGUGUAAAACGAAGGUGGCUCCCUUCGGAUGACAUUUUCCAGAGAACACUGAGAGAUGUUGACCAGGAACUUAGAGGUCAGCUGAUACAACGAGCACAAAAUGAAGCAAGGGAGAGGGCCACUCUUCUCAACCUGAAAAGAAGAUAUAAUGAUGGACAGGGAGUUGCUAUAAGGCUGUCCAAGCAAGUGAAUGCCUGUAACAGGAAACUGAAGAAGAUUGUUACAGAGUACAAUAAUCUGCAGUGGCCUCCACAAACUGGCAUCUUUCCAUCACAUUUAGAAUUUCUAGAAUUGUGUGAUGCCUCCUCCCAGCUGUACACAUUGUUUGAUGAACAAAUUGAAGAUCAUGGUGUUGUUCCAAAGAACCUAAAAAGUCGAGCAAUAGAAGCCCUGCAUUUGAAGACUAGAGCAACUGAAGAAAAGCUUCUACUUAAGAGAGAGAUGAACACUGUCAUUCUUCACCUUCAUCAACAACAUGGACAUUUAAGUUCAGCUAUAAAUGAUACUGCAGAUCCUGGUUCAAAAGCUGUACUUCAUCAAAACAUUAUCAUGUUAGAAAAGAAAAUGUACAGUGCAAUGAACAUGUUCAAGAGGUUUAUCGAAGUUGGUGCCCCUCCUCCAAAUCAUCACCUACCAGAGUUCAACUCUUAUUCUCAAGCACUUAUGUCUCCAGAUCUACAUUACAUAGACUAUGAUGAAAGCAUUGACGAUGGAGAGGAUGAAGGAGAUGAUGACGACGACGACAAUGUUGACGAAGGAGAGAACAGCAUAGAUUGUGAAUCAUCUUCAUGAUUUAUAGCCACUUACUGUCCUAUGUGAAGAGCACAUAUUCCAGUAUAAAGUUCAUUGUUUGAUGAUUUUCAUAUAAGCUUUGUGGUCUAACAUCUCAGUUUAUUGCUUUUGAUAUUGUUGAGACAUAUCUGUUUUUUUAAGUCAAGCUAUAUAUAAUCAAGGGCAUUUUAAUUUUACUCAUUACAGCUUUGUACUCUUUUUCACAUUUUUUCUCCAACAAAGAUUUUAUUGUAUUUAGUUUUACAGAUACACCUGCCACAUAACCAGUACAGUAAACAGGACCUACGAACACCCUCUUAGAUACAUAUCUGCAUAUACUCCUUUAAGUAUACAGGAGAAAAUAGUCCACUGUUGAGGCUCCCUUGUUGCACAUUGUGUUUUGACAUUAAACUUGUCUCUAACUGG